AUCGCCGGUCCGCUGUGUCCCUCGGACACAGCGGAUCACGGAAAGAGCCGAAGAUGUCGGCUCGGUCAUGUGAUCAGCUGUUUCCAAUCACAGCUGAUCACAUGGGACAUGUACACUGAUCAUCACUGAUGAUCAGUGUGCCCUGAUGAUCAGUGUGGCCCCAGAAGUGCCACCUGUCAGUGCUCAUCAGUGCCAGCAGUCAGUGCCCAUCAGUGCCACGUGCCAGUGCCCAUCAGUGCCACAUCCAUGUAUACCAGUGUACAUCAAUGCCAUAUAUCAGUGCCCAUCUGAGCUGCCUUUCAAUGUCACCCAUCAGUGCCAGUCAGUGCUGCCAAUCAGUGCCACCUAUCAGUGCUGCCAGUCAGUGCCGCCUAUCAGG